GCUUUGCAAAAAGAAAAUGUAGCUUUUAACAGGAAAUCAUACAAAGUGAAGUGUAUUUAUAACUUACAAAAACCUAUCUCAAAAUGGUAGAAGCAUUCUGUGGCACAUGGAAACUGGUCAGCAGUGAUAACUUUGAUGAGUACCUGAAAGCUCUAGGUGUUGGGUUUGCAGUAAGACAAGCUGCAAAUGUGGUUAAACCCACGCUUAUCCUCUCAAAAGAAGGGGAUAAGAUUGUUUUGAAAAACCAGACUACUCUUAAAACCUCAGAGAUCUCCUUCAAACUGGGCGAAGAAUUUGAUGAAACCACUGGAGAUGGCAGGCACUGUAAAUCCACUGUGGUCAUGGAUGGUGACAAGUUGGUGCAUGUGCAGAAGUGGGAUGGAAAAGAAACCACCUUUGUCCGGGAGAUCAAGGACGGAAAGCUGGUUGCAAGAGCCACCUAUGAGGGCGUAGAGACUGUGAGAACAUUUGAGAAAGCAUAAGUCGGAAGCAUUGCAUCAGGAUUUCUUCCUCUUCAUUGGCCAACAACAGAUAUGAUGGGAUUUAAUGCCAAUUUUUGCACCAAAUUUAUCACGGCAUGGACUAGAAAUAUGUGAAUAAUCACUUUUGUCAUUGAGGUCAUUUCUGAACAUGCAUAUUUAAUAAAGAAGCAAGAAAAAGGA